AUGAAGCUUGUAUCUAUUCUCCUUUUAACUUUGGGAGCUUUUGCCUCCGCUGAACCUGGACGGAAUGUACCCAUCUCCGAUGCGGAGUGGGAAGCCCUCAAGGAGGCCGGCCUGAAAAGGCGCGUUGAUAUCAAUAAGCCCAUAUCGGACGUGGAAUACGCAGCUCUUGAAGCUGGCGGUCUCACUACUAAGGGUGUGAACGAGCUCGAAGCUCGUGAUCAUAUUAUGAAUUGUGGCCACAGAGUCACUGGAAAGGGAGGGAGCAAUGGCCAUGGGAAGUGGGUUCCUGUGGCUCAAUUCAAGACACUCGCACGGAGCUUUUGCGAUGCGUACGUUGGGACAGAUAUCGCCAAGGGCCAUGAAACGUCUGAUACCUACGGUGUCACUCUCACCAAUGGAAAGGACGGGAACGUCGUCUUCGCGAUCUACAACACGCAAUACAGUGAUGCAUGGAUCCUUAACUCCGACACUUGCUACAAUGCAAUGAUUGCACCUCUGGGUGACCAUGCGAAACGUGAUUUAUCCUUGGGGAAGAGGGAUAACUGUUGGGGAUCUAAGCACAAUGACUACGAGGGUGGCUAUUAUAAGGUGGACAAGAUUGGCGCUUUUGGAAGCGAGGUCUAUGCUUCUAAUUAG